UUUGUUCAUGGCACAGUACGAUCUAACGAAUGCCUUGUCCGAGUUCAUGGACCUCCACUUGGUGUUCCCACUGCUGGAGUUCCUGUCUACUCGUGAGAUUUACAAGAGUAACAGUCUCAUGAAAUCCAAAUACCAGCUUCUCCAGAACACGAACAUGGUGGAUUUCACAAUAGACGUGUUCCACGGCCUGCACCCUGACGAGGAGCCCCCAGAGGCACUGCACCAGAAACGUAACGAGGUUGUGAAACAGCUGACUUUGCUUCAGGAGAGGAGCAGCCAAGUUAUUGAGAUGUUCUCCAGGAAGGACGUAGCGGAGGUGGUUGAGAAGCACCGGGACAGUCAACAGCUGUGGGAUUUCCUUAGUGAGACUCACAAGUUUGACAGGGAACGACUGGAUGAUGUGUUCCACUACGGAAAAUUUAUGUACGAUGUAGGUAACUACGCUAUCGCAAGUACGAAUCUGGACUUCUACCGUAACCUCGCUCCAGCAGAUAGCAAGUUCUACAGUAGUGCUCAGUGGGGCAAACUUGCUAGCGAGAUUCUUCAGCAAAACUGGGACGAAGCUAUGGAGGAGUUGGAGCGUCUGAAGGACAACAUCUCCGCUGCUCUUCAUUUGACAUAUAGUGAAGUGCUGGUUCAGAGAGCAUGGCUCAUCCACUGGGGACUAUUUGUCUACUUCAACCACCCUCAGGGACGAGACAGUAUUAUAGACGUGUUCCUCCACCAGAAACCUUAUCUUAACGCUGUGCAGACCAUGUGUCCUCACAUCCUUAGAUACAUCACUACUGCUGUAGUUAUCAGCAAGAGACGGAGAGAUGGUAUAAAGGAACUCAUUAAAGUUCUCCAACAGGAAUCCUACAAAGAUCCCAUCACUGAAUUUGUGGAAUCUCUUUACGUAAACUUUGAUUUCGACGAGGCACAAGCUAAGCUCAAGGAAUGUAAGACAGUGAUAGAGAACGACUUCUUUAUAGUGGGGUGUUUGGAUGAGUUCACGGAAAAUGCUAGACUCAUCAUCUCGGAGAUAUUCUGCAGGAUCCAUCAGAGAAUAGAGAUAGACAUGCUAGCAGACAAUCUUAACAUGGAGCCAGCUGAAGCAGAAAAGUGGGUCGUAAACAUGAUCCGUCUAGCUCAUCUUGAUGCUAAAAUAGACAGUAAGAACGGAUACGUAGUCAUGGGUGGAACAUCUGUGCCAGUUUACCAGAAACUCAUAGACAAGACCAAGGACCUCCAUCUCAAAGCUAAUUCUUGCUGUCAGAAAAUCGACAAGAAACUGACUCUAGGAAUUUAAGAUAUCCCAUAGGACUCAGAUAAGUUAUGUAGCAACGAUUUAAAAACUUGGACGGCUUUUUGAAAGUUUGGCAUUUUCCGCGAUGUUUCUUUGCUUUUAUCAACUAUUAGUGAUGUAAAGACUUCUGACAUGAUGUGUUCAAAUUUGUACAUUCAUUCAAGUUGCUAUUUUAAGAUUUUUGAUGGGUAUUGUUUUAUCUCA